AUGAAGAUACAAGAGAAGGAGAAGGAGAAGGAAAAGGAGAAAGCAGCACCAGCAGCAACAGUUCAAAUGGAUCAAGAAGGUUUACCCAAGACUAUAGUACGCAGGCUAGUGAAGGAUAAGCUUUCUCAGUUAUCCACUGAUACUGAUAUCUCUCUUCUUCGUGAUUCUCUCGUUGCUUUCUCUGAAAGUGCCCGUAUUUUCAUCCAUUAUCUCUCCGCCACUGCUAAUGACAUAUGCAAGGAGUCUAAGAGGCAAACAAUAAAUGCAGAGGAUGUGUUCAAGGCCCUUGAAGAGAUUGAGUUUCCCGAGCUCAUCGAACCCCUCAAAGCUUCUCUCGAGGUAUUCAGAGAAAAGAACUCUAAAAGGAAGUCAGCAUCAUCGAAGUCUGCAGAAUCUAACAAAAAGGCCAAGCUGAAAGAACCUGUGGAAAAUGGGAAGGAUAAGAUGGAAGAGCAAGAGCAACCCUCCGAUAACGAAAAUGAAGAUGUACAAGCUGGAGAAGAAAUCAAUGAAGUCGAAGAUAGAGAAGAAAUCAAUGAAGUCGAAGCUGGAGAAGAAAUGAAUGAAGUCGAGGAUAGUGCUGAUGAUUAAGGAGAUUAUUACGCUUGCCUUCUUUGUUAGACAUUUUACUAAUGCCUUUGUUAUCCCUUCAAAAUCUGUAAUCUUAUGUUGGAUGCAAAGCUAACGAACAGUGUGUAGAGUUAUAUUGUGGAGUAAAAUGAAGAUAUUUGGAAA